AUGGCUGCAGGGGUCGCCGCGUGGCUGCCCUUUGCCAGGGCAGCCGCCAUAGGAUGGAUGCCAGUGGCCAACUGUCCCAUGCCGCUGGCUCCGACAGAGAAGAACAAGAGGCAGGACGAGCUGAUCAUUCUCAACGUGAGUGGCAGGCGUUUCCAGACCUGGAGGACUACACUUGAGAGGUACCCGGACACUCUGCUGGGCAGCACGGAGAAGGAGUUCUUCUUCAAUGAAGACACCAAGGAGUACUUCUUCGACCGGGACCCCGAGGUCUUUAGGUGCAUCUUAAAUUUUUAUAGAACUGGCAAGCUGCACUAUCCCAGGUACGAGUGCAUCUCUGCCUACGACGAAGAGCUUGCCUUCUACGGGAUCCUCCCUGAAAUCAUUGGGGACUGCUGCUAUGAAGAAUACAAAGACAGAAAGAGGGAAAACGCAGAGCGGCUGAUGGAUGACAACGACUCCGAGAACAACCAGGAAGGGUCCAUGCCAUCCCUGAGCUUCCGGCAGACCAUGUGGCGAGCCUUCGAGAACCCCCACACCAGCACCUUAGCCUUAGUCUUUUACUACGUCACCGGUUUCUUUAUUGCCGUCUCUGUGAUCACUAAUGUCGUGGAAACUGUCCCUUGUGGCACGGUGCCGGGGAACAAGGAGCUUCCGUGUGGGGAGAGAUACGCUGUGGCUUUCUUUUGCUUGGACACGGCUUGUGUGAUGAUUUUCACAGUUGAGUACCUGUUGAGACUCUUCGCGGCCCCAAGUCGCUACAGGUUCAUCAGAAGCGUGAUGAGCAUCAUUGACGUGGUGGCCAUCAUGCCAUACUACAUUGGUUUGGUGAUGACCAACAACGAGGACGUCAGCGGAGCCUUUGUGACACUAAGGGUUUUUAGGGUUUUCAGGAUUUUCAAGUUCUCUCGCCAUUCCCAAGGCUUACGAAUCUUGGGCUACACUUUGAAGAGCUGUGCCUCUGAGCUUGGCUUUCUCCUCUUUUCCCUCACUAUGGCAAUUAUCAUCUUUGCAACUGUGAUGUUUUAUGCAGAGAAAGGGUCCUCAGCAAGCAAAUUCACCAGUAUUCCUGCUUCCUUUUGGUACACUAUUGUAACCAUGACAACACUUGGCUACGGUGACAUGGUGCCCAAGACCAUUGCCGGGAAGAUCUUCGGCUCCAUCUGCUCGCUGAGCGGGGUGCUGGUCAUCGCCCUGCCCGUUCCCGUCAUCGUCUCCAACUUCAGCCGCAUCUACCACCAGAACCAGCGGGCCGACAAGCGCCGCGCACAGAAGAAAGCCCGGCUCGCGAGGAUCCGGGUGGCCAAGACAGGCAGCUCCAACGCCUACCUGCACAGCAAGCGCAACGGCCUGCUGAACGAAGCCCUCGAGCUGACGGGAUCCACGGAAGAUGAACAGCAUACGACUAAAGGCACCUCCUUAAUUGAAAGCCAACAUCACCACCUGCUGCACUGCCUAGAAAAAACAACCGGAUUGUCCUAUCUUGUGGAUGAUCCCCUGUUAUCUGUACGAACUUCCACCAUCAAGAACCACGAGUUCAUAGAUGAGCAACUGUUCGAGCAGAACUGCAUGGAGAGCUCAAUGCAAAACUACCCAUCUUCACGGAGCCCCUCCUUGUCAAGUCACCAUGGCCUGACCACCUCUUGCUGUUCUCGCCGUAACAAGAAGACCACGCACCUUCCCAACUCCAGUGUGCCAGCCACCCGCCUCCGGAGCAUGCAGGAGCUCAGCACCAUCCAUAUCCAGUGCAGCGAGCAGCCCUCACUUACAACCAGUCGUUCCAGUCUCAACAUGAAAUCAGAUGAUGGGCUGCGACCGAACUGCAAAGCCGCCCAGAUAACCACAGCCAUCAUCAGCAUCCCCACGCCGCCGGCGCUCACGCCAGAAGGUGAGAGCAGACCUCCGCCCAGCAGCCCCGGCCACUCCACGAACAUUUCUACCACCACCACAAGCAACAUAGUCAAGGUCUCUGCCUUGUAAGAUGUCUCAUGCACGGAAGGCGGCUGAAAGACCGGCGCCCCUCUCCCUCCACACCUCCAUGUUCCUUUCUUGCUGCAAAUUGUGCCUGGAUGGACGAACCUGCCAGCUGGUCAUCGGGUUAGCGACGGAGACCUAACGAGGCAGCUUUCUUCAGACUCGCAUUCAUGCUGUGGACUGGGGAAGGAUUAGGAGAGGGAGGAAGAGCCUUGUUAACAGUAAUGCCCGCGUGGAGAGCGCGUUGUGCCGUGGGACAGGGCAGAGAGCACCUGCGGAGGCUGAAGGGAAAGAACCGUCGUGGCAACAGGAGAGUCAAUAAAGAAAACAGAAAUAUAACACUGUGUAUCGCAGCACCUUUUUAAAGGUUUUUAAUGGAUAAUAUUUAUUCAUGAGGAAAUGACUGAAAAAGGUGAAAAACAAUGGAUUUUGUGAAUUUUUUUUCUUCAUGGAGCAGAACCUUUAAGCCAACCAAAACUUCACAUUUUUUUUUUCUUUUAUAGGAAAAGAUUUAGACAAAGAAGCCACCUGUCACAGAAACCUAUUUCCAUCCCCCCCCUGUGUGUGUGAGUGCGAGUGUGCAGCAGAGCCGCGCCAGAGCAACACUGCAUUUCAAAGGGCAUGUUGUCAUCAUUGGGUGCACAGUAGGAAAACACAAGCAUGUGCCAGCACAUACCUGCACACACACACACACACACACACACCUAUUUCACCCUGGAUGGCAUUCUUUAUUUAGACACUUUUGUAUCCGCCUUUUAAGUCAAUACAGUGCAAUUGCAAACAGUGUGUUUGUCUGCUAAUUAUUGUCUGUGAAAACAUAUUUGUGAAAAAAAAAACAACAACAAAAAAAAGACAGGCUGCAGUAGAGUUUUAGUCCCACAUGGGUAUCUGCUUUCUAUUUUUGUUAUCACUUACUUGUAAGAGUGUGACUAGACUACCAGUUCUGUAUUUUUAAAAAGGAAAAAAAAAAAGAUAGGAUUCUUUUUUAAUACUGUACACACAAAUGGCAAAGAAUGAGAAAACACUGAACUCAACUGCAUCGAGCAUUCUUAAGUCUGACAGAGGUUUCUUGUAACGUAUGCCCAUGCAUUUUUAUUUUUGUUUUCUAUAUGCUGAAUUUCUUUGCUAGCACUGAACAUACAACCCAUUGUAAAUAGUAGCCAAAUAACGUCUGGAUCUAUACUUGAUAAUAAAUUAACCCCAGAGCCAAAUAUCCUGCGUGGACAGAGAGGUAUUUGGCUUUUUCACAGUCCAGGCACUCCAGUUGUCUCAUCAAUGACUUCUGGGUUGCACUGAUUUUGGGGUAGACUAAGUUAGCAAUUUUCGUUACCCAUUCCCAGCACAGGAUCUAUAGCGUGCACCCACUGGAGAAGUGGGAGCAGUACUGGAUUUUGGAAAACCUUUGAUAAAGUGUGUUACAGACAGCAUUUUCUUUUUGCAGUUCUACAGUCGGUCUGAGAAAAUUCAUGUACUUCUAGUCAACCAAAACCUGUAACACUGUGUGGUACUGCCCCCUAAUAGGAAGCUAAUACUGUUAGCUAAGGUGUGGUCAGUCCUAGCCCCUCUUCCUAAGCUCUUUCUAGGAAUGUUUUAUCAGGAAAUACACAGUCCCAAAUCAUAACUGAUUUUCCACUCUAAGAAGAAUAACUUUUUUUUUUUUCCAUUCUGCCUUUCCCAAGUCCCCUUUCCAUAACAAGUGUGAAGGGCAGAGUGAGAAAACAUCAUCCACCUUCGGCUCCCUGAGCCCCUCCCACCUGUCAUACACUGUCUGGCUAAUUAUUGUGGUUAUGCACAAACGCCCUUCAAGGCCCUAUACACACACCCAUAAAUGGCAAUGAACCUAGUCCCCAACAGCUUGCAAUAGAAUAGGUUUCAACUAUCUUGUUUCUGAGCAGUGAUUUUACCAGCACUGCAGAGCUAACUACUCCAAGCAUGUUUGAGGCUGUUUCAGCAAAGGGAUGCCUUUUUCUUUUUUAAUACAUCUGUCAUAAUCUAUCCUGACGUAAUAUUUAUAUACACAUAUACACACAUACACGUAUAAAUAAAUGCAGACACAUACAUGUAUAGAUAGAGAAAUAGUCCUACAUGCUGACUGAAACGUACGAGCUGGCAUUCUGCUUUGUUAGCAUCCUAACCUGUUAGUCUAUGAAGUAGACUCAGACGGCUCAUGCAUUAACUCAAUACCCUCCUUAGAAACCUACAACAUUCUAGGAAUAUUAGGGCUGUGGCAAAGCCUUCAGUAGCUGCAUCAGCUUAUAGUCAUUUACCCCAGUGCUGUAAUAUGUUACCCAAAACUCCCUUUAGUCCUGUUUUAAAUGAUUAAAGUGCCCUGCCUUCGCUGCUUCCUGUAGGAGGUUACACUGCAGUUAAUCUUACCAUUAUUGAAUUUUUCGUGAUGUUUUAAUUUAAUCUUCCUUUGCUUUAUUGAAUUUCAUUAUUUGUCGUCAUAUCUGCUCCCCAUCUGAACACCCUCAGCCUUGUAGAUCAGAGGCCUUGCUCUCCACCACUUUCCACCUCGCAAUCUCAUUUACACUGGCACAGAAUGAGCAUUAAAUGCCACCGUGCUGACAGGGCACAGUGUUCCUUCCAAUGCACAGGAGCAAACAAUUACAAAGAGACAGGGACUCAACAAGGAUUCUCAGUGCUGCCUUUCUUUUUCCUGAUUUAGCGUGGAGUGGUAAGCAGGACACUUCAGCUCUGUGCACCCAUUUCUUUAUCUGUAAAUAGCAAUCAUGGCAACCUCUGUCUAAAGCACCACUGGUGGAUUUCAUUGUUAUUGAUCAAAAUGCUUUCAAAAAAAAAAAAAACACCAACAUUUUUAAAGAGGCUAUAAAAGAAGAAGGAAAGCCAGUCCUUGGGGUUUCUGGCUGGCUGCUGAGUCUCAGUUUAAGGCAGUGUUAUCCUUGCUCAAAAAGAUUUGCCUUGCCUCUUCUACCAUUAACUCAGCGCGUGCUGCCCAAUGCAGCCAAUACCUCAACACAGACUUUCAGAGGACAAAGACAGACAGAAUUAAGGAAGUCUGAGCCUAGAGGAAUAGGACUAAAAAUAUUUUUAAUUGAGACAUUAGCUCCCUUUAUGUGCUGAUUUGAAGUAGAAUGAGUAAUGCUUCCAAAAGCACUUAAAAACAUGCUUGUACAAAACCUCCCUGGAUUGCCCAACGCAGCUAUAUCCUCAUUAAGGGAGCACUGUGCAUUCACUGAAACAGCAGAGACAAGAAUCUAUCGCCAGCAUAUCAGGGGUUGGUAGGGCAUGACAUAACAUCCUUCAAAUGAAAUGCAGGGAAGAGGCAUUUGCACACAAAAGCAUGGGAACUGGACUACAGCUAUUUUUUCCUACAAUAAAAGGAAGCAAUUAGCUUUACUGAACUGCAGGGCUCUUCAUAAUCUUUAAAUAACAACAUCUAAAGCAUUGCUGUGAUAAAGCCAAGUCAAUCCUAUAAACUCCUAGACCAGAACUUAACAGAAGGACUUGGGCCAUUCUCUCCAGUGGUUCCCAUUAUUGUCCUGCCUUACCUGCUUUUCUCUCCCCACUACCAUGCAUGCCCAGGGCCAAACACACACACUGCUAUGGAUACCAAAAAAAACAGCACAUACCCCUGCAAUCCUUAUCAUUCCUGAUGCUUGUGGAUGGGGGGGUCUUCAGUUGUGGGCUGCCUCCAGGAGUAUCCAGAAACACAGAUAGGUUCCAGUCCUGCUACCUUUCUGAAAGGUACAACACAGCCUGAUCAGUGAGACUGCUCAAUGAAAAGUUGAUAGUAUAUCAGCAGUUUGUUUGGAAAACCUUACCCCUCCCCCUCUAAUUCCUUGCGAGUUUUUAUAGUUUUUCUUUCUUCAUAAAAAAAAAAGAUAAAAACAAAUCGUUUGCACAUGAAGUAGACGGGGAUUGUUUUUCCAGUCUUUUGUAAAGCAAUACUAAAAACAUUAAAGAAGCAACACCCUUGUCCAAGCAUUUGGCUUCUUCUCAAAACCCUUUUUUGAGGGAAAAGUAUUUCCACAGAUUUUCAGCGUAUUCUAUAGAUUCAUCCUCUUCCCACCUGGCAUUGCAUUGCCAAUAGGAGGAAAUACACCCAGCUGGCAAAGAAUGAUGAGCAGCGCCUUUCCCAUCUGGGCUUUAACUUCCACCUACUCGUUCCAAAAUCCAAUUUUUCCUUAAAAAUCUUAAAAAUCUCCACUAGCAGAAGAUCCUCCACUGCAAUAUAUCACACUGCUUUCUUCAGAUUUAAAGUUCUCCAUGGAAAGGGCUCCCAGUGCCUCCCUGGAGAACUUAUUCCAGACUAAUAGAUCUCAAUGGCAAAGAUUUUUCCCUUGCUGUUCAGCCAUAGUUCUUAUUUUCCCUUCCUGUAUUACCAUUAUACUCUCUCAUGUCUUAUAAAGUUACCCUCCUUUCCACAGGGUGAGAAAGCUGCCUUUUUUGUGUCAAGUAAUUAUCAUUGUAAAAACAUAAUAGGAAAAAGGCAAACUAAGUAACACCCACGGCUUUAGAGCGGAAUAAAGUAACGGGUAAUUCAAAAUGAAACAUCAGAUAAAUACACCCUUCUUUACAGCUUCCAGAAAUAGUAAAUUGGAAUCAAAGCUAUUUGCUUAACCUGAAAUAGUUGAUAAUACAAUGCAAACCAGCAUCUAUCAUUCCAGAUGGACAGCUUAAGGGAUGUGCAUUAAUACCAGCUAAGGGAAGCAAAGUUUCUCCCAAUAUUUGGAUUUUUUAGUACAGAGGUCAUAAACGUGCUGUAUCUUACAUACAUUAUACAUUGGACCCAGUACAUUAAAAAUCAGAGUUAAUUUAUGGGUUACAACAUCCCUUGUUUUAAUAUGUUAUUUAUGUCAAACGACAGCAGAGCUACAAAGUCAGCAGUCAUGGAUGGCUUACAAACAGCAACAGCUUGGAACUGAAGACUUUAUUCUGCUAUUAAUGUUAGAUAAAUAACAUGCCUUUUCCAUAUAACUUACCAAUAAAAUGUAUCUUGAUUAAAAAAACUUUCUUCAACACUUUAAGCAACUGCACUAGCUAACAUCUUAGCCCUCAUGUUUAUGGAUGCUAUAAAUGCUCUUAUAAUGGUUUUAUACUUUGAAAACUUUAAAGGCAAACACAACGCAGCGUGCAUACUGAUUAGAGCUAGGGCAGUUAGCCUCAGGAACCUAGGUUCUACUCUUCAUUGUCUUGAUGAAUCACUAAGCGAUCUCGAAGAAGUCAUCUCACCUCUCUUUGCCAAUUUUACAGUAAAUGAGUGAAGCACAGUUCAAAAUCCUAUAAAAUACCAGAGAGAAAUCUAAAGAAAGCGUACCAGAGAAAUACCGCGACUUGUUCUCAGAAUGCAAAAAAAACUGUGCCAGAAAAACUAUGGGUGGAUCGUUCAAAAGACCAGGUGACAAGGAGCUCGUGAAAAUUCCUCCCUGAUUUUCGAUCUCAGUCAAUAGUCUGUUACUCCCAUACGUAUAUGUGUGCACGUGUUUCUUUUUGGUUUCGAUUUGAACUAGUGCUAGUCACGGGAAGUUACGCAGCUGCGCGGGUGAGGAGUUCACCACCACAUCCAAUGCUCUUCUCAGUUCUGUCACAGCGAUGACUGGGAGCUCCCCCAGGCUCCUCGGACCAAUGAAGCAUCUGACAAAACGCGCGUGAUGAUGGUAUAUUUUUUGAUAAAUCAGUAAGGCAUUCCAAUAGUGAUUUCUUUAGUUUUAUGUUAUGAGAAGCUCUCAACCUUAUUAUUUUCUAUUUUCGUACUAUAAAUGGGCUUUGCUUACAAACAUCAGAGGACAGAUACAAAAUGUACCGUAUACAACUGCAGGUAGCUUCAUUUGAGAACAACUUUCUAGAAGAACCAAGUUUCCUGUUGUCUUCUUUUGGAAUUGUAGUGCAUAUGUUGAAACUUGUAUAUCAUUUACAGUAUUGAGUCUUGUGCCACUGCUGUACCUGAUGUAUCCAAUCUGGAUUAAACAGAGUAUGUGCCACAAAUACCAAGAUGAUGCUGUAGAUUUCUUCUAAAAAAAUUUGGGAGGUUCUUUUGGAGAAUGCUGGGUGAUGGCCUAAGCGAUCUGAGUUGCACUGAAACACUAAUAACUCUUACUUCAGCAACAGCUGAUGAGAACAGCAAGAUAACUGAGAUGCUACAGGUAUCUUCUUUCAUGCUGUUCUAAGUGAAACCCUUAGCAGCUACCUCCUUUUGAAUGCAAACCUCAUGUUGGAAACAAGAACAAAGUGCUCAGAUUAUGCAGACGUAAUGUAGGAGAGCCCUCUUGCUGCGGCAGUUUGUUGUGACAUGAGGGAGCAUGGCAGAGGAAGAAAAGGACAAAAAUGGUCCUGAGGUUACAGAAGCACACAUAUUAUGCCUUUCUUUUCAAAGGCAAUCUGGUCUUGGGAGUUCCUCUUAGGCCAAAGGCUAACAAUCUGUAUUUCAGAUGGGUCAUCUUGUUUCAAUGGCAAAUAAAGUAGUGUUGCUCUAAUCUUAAUUAUACUAGGAAGAAUCGCUUAGAGGCAUUAUUAAAAAAUAGUAUUUAAAAAAAUUAAAAUUACUUACUACGUAAACUAACACCCCACAGCAGCUGCAUUGACAUUCUUCCUUGUAGUAAAGCAUGACACCCACCGGGGGGAACCAUUUCCCCAGCUGAAAAAGGGACAACAGGCAUACCUGUCUUAACUAACCCUCCAUGAACAUCCUACACCACUCAUGAGCUAAAGCGAUCCCGAGAU